AUGCCCAUCUCCUACAGCACCGGCGAGAAGCGGUCUUUCGGCUGGGUCACCGCGCGCGAGCGCUGGCCUGUCAUCAUUACGCAAGCCAUCGACGACCUCUACCGUUCCGUCUCCGACAGCGAAGAAGGCGAGAAGAAGACCGAGGGCAAGGCCGUCACCGAGAAGAUCGCCCGCCUCAAGUAUGAGGUUCAGCACGACCGUCCUCUGACGCCGAUUGACGAUGACGGCGAACCCGACGUCAAGCUCUACAACGAUGAGCUCGCCAGUCUCGGCGAGCCCACGUGGCUGGAUACGCCCUGGCUCUUCUGCGAGUGCUAUCUCUUCCGUCGCAUCAGCACCUACUUUAAGCUCUCGACGCACUGGAAGAACUACGAUGUCUUUGCCCGACAAAAGAUCAACACGUUCCGUUCGUCCCGUCCCGCCGUCCUCGAGCUCGCCGCCCGCUUCAAGGAGCUCGUGCAGCAGCUCGAGGCAAACGGCAGCGCCACCCAAGACGAGGCGGCCGAGAAGCUCCUCUUCGCCGAGAUGUGCGAGAUCUGCCUCUGGGGCAACGCCACCGACCUCUCGCUCCUGACGAGCCUGACGUACGAGGACAUCCAGAAGCUGCAGGGCAGCGAGGCGCGCAAGGCGUCGGAGAAGAACAUUCUGGCCAACGACCUGCCGGCCGCGUACGCCGUGCUGAAGCAGGCCGUGGCCGAGGGCAAGAAGGAGCGCCGCGUCGACAUUGUGCUCGACAACGCAGGCUUUGAGCUCUACGUCGACCUCAUCCUCGCGGGCUACCUCUUGUCGGCCGGCCUCGCGACGCACAUUGUGCUGCACCCCAAGUCGAUCCCGUGGUUCGUCUCGGACGUGCUGCCGGGCGACUUUGCGGCCCUCCUCGGCGCCAUUGCCAGCCCGAAGCGCUUCUACGAGACGCCGUCGCCGGAGGAGGAGCUGCAGGGCAAGACGCUCGAGCCGCUGAGCGACGCGGACCACGAGAGCCUCGCCUUUCUGUUCGGCGAGCUGACCAAGUACCACGCCGAGGGCCAGCUGCUGCUGCGGCCGAACCGCUUCUGGACGCACGGAGGCAGCUUCUGGCGGCUGCCCGAGGAGGCGCCUGAGCUCUACGAGGACCUCAAGGGCAGCGAACUUGUCGUUUUCAAGGGCGAUCUGAACUACCGCAAGCUGACGGGCGACGCCGACUGGGACCCGACGACACCCUUCCCGGACGCGAUCAAGACGCUCGGCCCCGGCUCGGGCCUCAAUGUGCUGGCGCUCCGGACGUGCAAGGCCGACGUUGUCGUCGGACUGCCGGCGGGCAAGGACGAGGAGUUGCGGGCGCUGGAGGGCGGAGGCGGCGACUCGGGGGCGCGCAAGUGGGCGUGGAACGGCAAGUGGGCUGUCGUUUCGUUUUCGCAGGGCAAAUGA